UGGCCGCUCUAACAUAUUAUAUCGACCAAAUGUCUGAAUUUUUGUGUUUAGGUUAUAGGUACGGAUAUCAGCGAGGACAAAGUUGGUGAACUGCCAAAGGAUGUAAGGAAUUUGGAGACUGCAGUGUCAUACGCUGAAGAUUUGUACUUUCUGGAAUCUGGGUCUGUUGAUCUGGUUACCAUAGCAACAGGCCUGCACUGGGUGAACCAGGAAAAAUUUUUUGCUGAGGUAAGGCGUGUGUUAAAGCCAGGUGGAACUUUUGCCGCCUACAGCUACUUCUUUGACAAACUAUCCAACCACGAGGCAGAAGCGUAUAUGAAAGAUGUGCGACAGAACGUGUUUGGCAAAUAUUUGACUUCAAGACUAGACAUUAUAGAUAGUAAAUAUGGGGCAACACAAUUUCCAUUUAUUCAAAUUAAAAGAUAUGACGGCAUUAAGAUUACAUCAGAGAUGCCACUAAAACAAUACGUAGGAUACAUCGCGUCGUAUCAUGACGUUAACCUGUAUUUAAGGGAAUUCCCGAAAUCAAAUAUAUUGGAGGAAAUUGAGAAGUCUCUGGCUUUGAGAUUUGGAUACAGUGACACAGAAGACAACAUCCGUGUCGGGACGCAGUGGAAUGUGUUCAUGGUUUUAGGGAGAAACGAGUAACUAAGCUUUUGUUGAUUAGUUAGUGAUCAUUUUUCGAUCUUCAAAUAGGUGUAAAUGGUGUGUUUUUUUUUAUUUUUAGUUUAAAGAAUCCUAGAAAUAUAGAGUUUUGUCUGUUGUACUUAAGUAUUUUGUGAAUCUUAAAAAUAUUAAAAUUAUUGAUGGUUUGUGGAUCUUCAAGUAAAGAAGGUGUAAUUUUUCUUUAAAAAUGUUGCAACAAUACGAUUUGUAUCUGUUCAAUGCAUGAGGAAUUUCUGAUACAACAAUUAUCAUUUUUGACUUCAGUCAUUGAAACCACAAAUUAAAAAAAAAACAUAAUAAAAGAUCGUCUGAAAUUACAUAAAUUUAACCUAAUACUAGACAUUUUAACAUUUACAACGUCUUGUCAACAAAAAAAAUUCACAAAAAACAACUACAUAUAGCAUAAAGAGUAACAUUUUUCUUUUUGUGCCCUAAAACAAAAGGCGGCAACCAGAAGAAAUUCUUUCCCAUUUUGUUGGCCUCCGCGGAUUUUUCUGUCUACCAAAAUUGGCAUGCCGUUGCAACCUACUUCCACGCGUUUGCCGCCACGCCCCAGUUAAUAAAAUAAUAUUUGCGGAAUAAAUAACUAGUAUUUUGUGGUCAUUAUUUUUCCAUUUUACUACUACUAUAUUCAACUAUAUAUUUCUGUUGUCAUAUUUUGACAUAAAUAUUUAUUUGAUUACAUAACUAGAAAAAUAAAAUUGUAAUAUAUUAUGAUAUAUUGGAAAAAUGUAUUUUAAUUAGGACUUCAAGUGUGUUAUUGAUCCAAAAAUUUGUUUUAAUUUUUAUUCCUCUUUCAAACAAUUAAUUUAACUCAUAAGAUUGCCCAAGAAUAGAUUUGAAAAUAAAUACAGUUAUUAUUUUUUAUUGUAUUUGCUUUAGUUAAAUCAUUAAUAUCAUUAAAUCGAUCAAAAUCUCAAAGUAAAAAAAAAAUGUA